AUGCUUCUUCAGCGCGCAAUCACACUCGCAGCCAUUGGCAUCCUUGCAUUCACUGGCAACCAUAACACCGCCCAUGCCGAACCUCUUGCUAUCGUUCACGGCACUUCUGGUUCUGAUGCAAUCAAGAUUUCAGCUAGCUAUCUCGCUGCAUUUGACAACGACAACGACCCUGAGCCUUCCUUUGAGCUUGUUGAUACUCCCAAUGACGUUUCUUCCAAGUUGAUCUCGCUCAAGAAGCGUGGUAGCGGCUGUGCUGAUUACUAUACCGUCAAGAGCGGUGAUACUUGUGACAAGAUUGCCAAGAAGCACGGCAUUUCAACCAAGGAAUUCAUGGGUCUCAACUCGCAAAUCAACAGCAAGUGCACCAACUUGCACGUCCACAAGAAGUACUGCGUUGAAGAAGGUUCCUCUUCUUCCUCGUCUUCUUCGGGUGAUUCUGGAUCCUCAUCAUCUGGUGGCUGCUCAAAGAAGCAUAAAGUGACCAACUCUGAUACUUGCAUUUCGGUUGCCAAAAAGUACGGUCUCUCGCUUAACGAGUUUUACAACCUCAACAGCCAAGUUCAUCGUGGCUCUUGCGACAACCUUGAUACCGGCAAGUACUAUUGCGUUGCUUCAGGUGGUUCCAGCAGCAAGUCCUCCGACAAGUCUUCCUCCAAGGAGACUUCCAAGAAGGAUGACAAGAAGAAAGAUGAUGAUGUUAGCCACAAGGUGACCAGCAUGGCUUCCAAGACCAAGAAGAAAUCAUCCAAGUCUUCCUCCAGCAAGUCCGAAAAGCGCAAAAAGCUUCAAUCCAAGGCCGCUUUCACUUACUACUGGAUCGCCCAACAAAGUGACUACAAGGGUGGCUCCAAGGUCCCUAUCAAGACUUGUGGUGGCAAGACCAUUGCCAAGGUCAAUGAAAACUAUGCUGAUGCUCUCGUCAUGGAAGGCACUGGUGUCGUUGGCAACAAGAUUGUCAACCUUGGUGGCUGCUCCUGCAACAACUACAAGUGCUUUGAAGAAAUCAACCGCUCUGAGGAACCCUAUGGCAUCACUGCUUAUGGUUCUCCCCUUCGUCCUUAUGUCACCAUUGCUGCUAAUGAUCUUCCCAAGGGUAAGAAGAUCUAUGUGCCUGAAAUCGAUGGCUGGUCUGUGCCUGGCUCUAGCAAGAAGCACAAUGGCUGCUUGUUGGUCGAUGAUCAAAGCUGGAGUUUCAGCUCUCACCACAUUGACUUUUAUGUGUACGAGCAAGACUACUACCAAAAGUUGGAUAAGCAGCAUAGAACCACCAAGGUCGACAUUUACGAUGGUGGCAACUGCAAGCUCCUCAACUACCUCUAA